UCCACCGCAUCAGACAUCAAAUCCCCAAUCCCCAAUCCCCUCCAAUCCCACCUUCGGGACAGCAGCCAGCAAGCGUCGCCAGCCAUGUCAGGCCGAGGCAAGGGAGGCAAGGGCCUGGGAAAGGGCGGCGCGAAGCGGCACAGGAAGGUGCUGCGCGACAACAUCCAGGGGAUCACGAAGCCGGCGAUCCGGCGGCUGGCGCGGCGGGGCGGCGUGAAGCGCAUCUCCGGGCUGAUCUACGAGGAGACCCGUGGCGUGCUCAAGAUCUUCCUCGAGAACGUCAUCCGCGACGCCGUCACCUACACGGAGCACGCCCGCCGCAAGACCGUCACCGCCAUGGACGUCGUCUACGCGCUCAAGCGCCAGGGCCGCACCCUCUACGGCUUUGGCGGCUGAGCCAGGGUCGUGCCUCGCGUGGGAUUUAGAUGUGGUUAGGCGGGUCGUCGUUCUGUGGUGUGUGCUUGUCCUGUGUGUGCGUGUGCAGCUGCGUGCUGGUGGUUGUAAUGAGUUCCAGAUUAUAAUAUGGGUGUUCAUCUCGCAUUGGAUUGAA